AUGCAGCUCUGCAUUUGUGCUCAGAAUCUGCACACACUUGAGGUGUCUGGGGAAGAAACAGCAGUUCACCUGAAAGCUCACAUUGAGUCCUUGGAGGGCAUCACACCUGAGGAUCAGGUGGUUCUCUUGGGUGGGACUCAAUUGGAAGAUGAUGCCAUCAUUGGGCAGUGCGGUAUCAGUGACCUCACAACUGUGGAGAUCGCUGCACGUGUGCUGGGUUGAAAAGUCCACGGCUCAAAAAAAGAAAAAGUCCAUGGCUACCUGGCUCGUGCUGGCAAAGUGAGAGACCAGACCCCCAAAGUUGCUAAGCAAGAGAAGAAGAAAAAGAAGACUGGCCAUGCUGAGAGACGCAUGCAAUACAACCACCGCUCUGUCAACGUUGUGCCAGGCUUUGGCAAGAAGAAGGGCCCCAAUGCCAACUCCUAAAUAGCACCCAGUUACCUAAUAAAUCUGAUAUUUGCUUGAAAUAAAAAAGUUCCUCUAAAAGAAUUUCAUGUAGCAAGUGCUGGCAAAGACUUUGCCUCUACC